GGUGUUUUGGCGGUACGGCUGCAGGAAAGGAGCGGAGCUACUGGGAAGCUGCUGCCGGGAAGCCGCGACUGCGUUGCCGGCGCCGCCUCGCCGCGGUGGCCGUGAUGCGCUCCGCUCGCGGGUCCCCGCUCCCGGGAACCCCGACCGCCGAGUCGGACGCUGCCGAGCAGUUCAGCUAUCACGUAAUUAUCGAUUUUUUAGAAUGUUCAGACUGGAAUUCCUGUGCCAUGAAGAGUUUUGAAGAUAGGCUUUCUUGAUAUAUCCAGAAGAGGAUUGCAUGCCGGAAACUGGAGAUAUCAGUCAAAGGUUUGGGGUACAUGGUACAAUAUGGACACCAUAUUAAAACCUGAACUAAUUAUAGCAAUUUUUUUCCCCAUUGUCAGGAGGGCUCUGGCACCAGGAGGCCUUCUGUAAUGGUGUGUGAGGACUGACUCCCAGGGCCUCGCCUGACCUCUGACCUGCCAGCAUGGGGAGGAUCGGCACCUCCUGUCUUUUUCCGGCUUCCUGGCAUUUCAGCAUCUCUCCAGUGGGGUGUCCCCGAAUUCUGAACACCAACUUACGCCAAAUUAUCGUCAUUAGCAUUCUGGCUGCUGCUGUUUCACUUUUAUACUUUUCUGUUGUCAUAAUCCGCAAUAAGUAUGGGCGGCUCUCCAGAGAUAAGAAGUUUCAAAGGUACUUGGCACGAGUUACUGACACUGAAGCUACAGACACGAACAACCCCAACGUGCACUAUGGCAUCGUGGUGGACUGCGGCAGCAGCGGGUCUCGGAUAUUUGUCUAUUGCUGGCCAAGGCACAAUGGCAAUCCUCAUGAUCUGCUGGAUAUCAGGCAGAUGCGGGAUAAAAACCGAAAGCCUGUGGUGAUGAAAAUAAAACCCGGCAUUUCAGAGUUUGCUACCUCUCCAGAGAAAGUCAGUGAUUACAUUUCUCCGCUCUUGAACUUCGCUGCAGAGCAUGUACCACGGGCAAAACACAAAGAGACCCCUCUCUACAUUCUCUGCACAGCUGGAAUGAGAAUCCUCCCCGAAAGUCAACAGAAAGCCAUUCUAGAAGACCUUCUGACCGACAUCCCCGUGCACUUCGACUUUCUGUUUUCUGACUCGCAUGCAGAAGUAAUUUCAGGGAAACAAGAAGGUGUGUAUGCUUGGAUUGGCAUUAAUUUUGUCCUUGGACGAUUCGAGCACAUUGAAGAUGAUGAUGAGGCAGUCGUGGAAGUUAACAUCCCUGGUAGCGAAAGCAGCAAAGCCAUUCUCCGUAAAAGAACAGCCGGUAUUCUCGACAUGGGAGGCGUCUCAACCCAGAUAGCAUACGAAGUCCCCAAAACUGUAAGCCUUGCCUCCUCACAGCAGGAAGAAGUAGCUAAGAACUUAUUGGCCGAAUUUAACUUGGGAUGUGACGUUCACCAAACUGAACACGUGUACCGCGUCUACGUGGCCACGUUUCUUGGGUUUGGUGGCAAUGCUGCUCGACAGAGAUAUGAGGACAGAAUAUUUGCCAGCACAGUUCAAAAGAACAGGCUCCUGGGGAAACAGACUGGGCUGACUCCUGAUACUCCGUACCUGGACCCCUGCCUACCCCUGGACAUUAAAGAUGAAAUCCAGCAGAAUGGACAGACACUGUACCUGCGGGGGACGGGAGACUUUGACCUGUGCCGAGAGACCAUCCAGCCUUUCAUGAACAAAACGAACGAGACGCAGACCUCCCUCAAUGGGGUCUACCAGCCCCCGAUUCACUUCCAGAACAGUGAAUUCUACGGCUUUUCUGAAUUCUACUACUGCACUGAGGAUGUGCUACGGAUGGGGGGAGACUACAGCGCUGCCGCGUUUACGAGAGCUGCGAAGGAUUAUUGCGCAACAAAGUGGUCGAUCUUGCGGGAACGCUUUGACCGAGGACUGUAUGCUUCUCACGCCGACCUCCACAGGCUCAAGUAUCAGUGCUUCAAAUCCGCCUGGAUGUUUGAGGUGUUCCACAGGGGCUUCUCAUUUCCCGUCAACUACAGAAAUUUAAAGACAGCUUUGCAAGUUUACGACAAGGAGGUUCAGUGGACCCUCGGAGCAAUCCUCUACAGGACCCGCUUUUUACCCUUAAGAGACAUCCAGCAGGAGACCUUCCGGGCCAGCCACGCGCACUGGCGGGGCUUCUCCUUUGUGUACAAUCACUACCUGUUCUCGGGCUGCUUCCUGGUGGUCCUGCUCGCCAUCCUCCUCUACCUGCUGCGGCUGCGGCGCAUCCACAGGCGGGCCCCGCGCAGUGGCUCGGCCACCACCGUCUGGCUGGAGGACGGCCUUCCAUCCCAGAAGAUCGCCGGUACCUUAUGAACCGGAGUUCGAGCCCCAGAAAGACUCUAAAGGAAAAGCCAUUUUUGCCUCAGGGUUUCUCCUCUUCAUUCUCAUUUGUUUUGUUUUUCCUUUCCCUUUUUGUUCUUUGAAACAAAACCAAAAUCCACUGUUCGUAAACUCUGCUGUCCUAGAAGCAUUGCAUUUAGCCGUUCUGUGUCCAGCUUUAAGUUGCGGAAUAGGGAAAAGGGAACAUCACUUCAUUUUUGCUGCAUAGGAUAUCUGCCAAAAAUUACUAAGGUUUUUGGUUGUUCUCUAAGGUAUAUUUGACUUUAAACAGAUGCACUUUAAUAUUAGAGGGAAACGGCAGGCUGUUCUCUGUCAGGGGAGGUGGGACCGAGGGGUGACGCUUUCACAGAACCAGAACACAUACCGACUGGACUGAUCAUCCCCUUUUUCUCUCUGUCUUGAAAGCGCUAACCUAAAGAGGGAGAUGUUUAGUUUUAUUUAUUGUUCAGGGCUGUUGCUGUUGGUUUUCUUUGCAGGUUUAAAAAAUCAAAACUGUUUAUAUCCAAAAUAGAGAGGGAUAGGCACCAGGAGGUAACAGUUUUUAAAAUUGACAGUGAAGAGACCUGAAAAAUGUGAAAUGAUGACCAGAGUGCUGUGUGUGUGUGAGGGUGAGAGAGCGUGUGCGUGUGUGUGUAUGAAAACCACCGAUGGGAGAGAGUGAGGGAGUGCAGGGCUUUCACUUUGAAAAGCACACACUUCAGAAUGCACUGUUUCAUUUCGUUUAGAAAAAUCAUUCCCCGUUACCGUUACUUCUUCUGACCACAGGUCGUUACUUUCUUCAUGCCAUCUUUCAGCGGCCUUAGAACACUACGUUUUUGAGUUGGAAAAUUCAUAGUUCACUGGUUUCGGUGUUGUGAGAACUGGAGCUGGUGCUUGUCAACAGGCACGUCCUUAUUUCUCAGUAGUUCGUUUGUGCUUGUUUAAUCGUGCUCCGGUUUCUUCCAUCUUCAAGUUGGUAUCCCCCUGCCCUCGUAUUUCAGAGACCUAGCUUGACUGUCGCGGUUGAGGCGGUGCUGGCAGGGCCACUGUAAAUCCAAAUGAAGAGAAGAACUGAACACAGGAAAUCAGCUCACAUUUUGAAGAAAACAAGUUUGACGUUUUACACAAAAACCUAAAAAGGACAGCUGGAUUGGCAUGUAUGAGAUUAGUGGUUUUUCACCUAUUCGUUUAGUUUAGAAGCUUUGGGAAUUCUCAUACAUAGUUUUUUAGGCGAUGUUCUGUGUGUGUGUGUGUGUGUGUGUGUGUGUGUGUGUGCGCGCGCGCACACAAGCUGUUUCUUAACUCCAGAACAGCUAAAUUCGUCUAGUUGGUAACAAACGUAUAUUUCGAGAAUCAUCAGCUACUUUUUUAAAAAAUCAGUGAUGAGAGAAAGAAUUCAGGUUCUGAAGCCCUUAUUUAAUUUAGAAAAAAUUUUUAGAUUUUCAUCUCGUCUAUUACUUAAAAACGUGGCAUACAGUAUAUUGAUGACUUAAAAUUACAAAUUUAUGAAAGAAAUGCAAAUCCUGUGAUUCUGCUUUUCAAAGUGAAUAUUCUAACAACGGAAAAAUUAUUGGUAGAAAGUUUGCCUCUCAAAUAUAAAGAAGGUUAGAGGAGCUGUAUGGUGGUAUAGCGCCUGAUGUGUAGAAAGACUUGUUUCAGAGAGGAUGGAGACAGAUGUCUCUUGAAAAAUCCAGCUUCUGAAAUGCUGGUCUCCAGCUAUUUAAAUGCUUGGUCCCUGGUAAACACUGUUCCUUUUCAAGACGCAGCCACACACGAGCUGUGUCAUGGGUACCCCAGGGGCAUAGUGAGCUGGCGUGCUUCUCCUUGACUUCUUAAAGGAGGUUUGCCCUGUGGACUGUGGGUGGCAUUAGUGGUGAAGAAGAAGUAAGUUUACAUGUUAGCUUUUCUACCGCCAGCCAUUUGGAGUAGUAAGGCCCUAACCUGCAGAAUGAAAAUUUUCCAAUGCCUAGAAUAUGUGAUUUGGCCUUUCAAAUCAAGACAAGGAUAAGCUAGCAUAGGCACAGAUCUAAAUAGGCCUAAACUAAGACCUCCUAGGAUAAAUAGCCACUUUUUAAAUAAAGGAUGCUAACCUGGUCCAGCUCUGUACCAUUUGGGGAGCGCAGUAGAGACCAGCAUGGAGGAUCCAAGCCUGAGCAUCCAUCUGCAAGGACCUAACUCACUCUCCAAAAGAAGUCCCCAAAUUAGGGUUCCAAGGCCCAGAGGCCUUGUACUUUGCACAGUUCGGUGCCGUGUCCCCUGCCAAAGAACUCCCGGAGCAGGCCUGGCAAACUUGCCCACAGGGAAAAUCUAGGAGACCCUUGAGCUAAGAAUGGUUUUUCAAUUUUUAAAGGGUCAUUAAAGAAAAAAAAGUGACGGAUACACAACAGAGACUGCAUGUGGCCUGUAGAGCCUCAAAUAUUUACUAAGUGUCCCUUUACAGAAGACAUCUGCUGACCCUGCAUGGAGAGUCCCGUUUUUUUUUGUUUUUUUUUUUUUCUUUUGAAGCCCCAUCUAUUUGUGUUUGAAAUGUGACCUUUCUUCUAACUUGUGGUCUUAAACUUCUGUUUUACAAAAUCCAAAAGGAAAAUACACAAGAAAUCAAUACAAUAGAGGUUACAUUAAAUAAGAGUAACAUACAAAGCUAUAAUUAAGAUGAAUUAAAGAAAGCCAAAACAUUAAAACUGUAAAACUUGCUUGUUACUUGUUGGAACCAGCCCUACAUUAGGAGAUAUACAGCCCCGUCCUCUUCAUUCAGGAAGGUAGUUACCACCCGUGAGCACGAAAAGAGGGGCAAGAGAAGUGACCAAACUUCAAUCUCAAAAUAGCUGUUUAUGCACCAGAAUUUCGCUUAUCUUUUCCUCUAGAUUCUUUUCAAGAUCGAUUUUCUAAUAAACCAGGUAACAUACUUCUCCUUCCCCCGCCCAAGUUUAAAACGUGCUGUUCAGGAGGGCUCCCAGUGUUGUGUUGAGAUGUCCGCAGUCAUGAGGGCUCAGUAGCUUCUCCCCGCCCUGCACCAGGGCCGAGAAGACAGCCAGGAACUUUCUCUCAGCGAUGCAGGCGCAGGCUGGGGUGAGAGGCAAGCACUGGAGGGGCUUAGCUCAGGAAGCAAAGAAUAUCAAUUAAGGGCUGGCCAAGAAGGCGGUAAACUCUGAACACUUCUAGCAACAGAAAGCAAGAGAAAUUGGACUGGUGGGAACUUGCUAAAAGCCUCGCAAAGAACAGUGUUCUGUGUUAACUCUUGGUGGCAAGACUCCUCCAGUAAACGCUUCUGUUCCAUCGUCAGAUCUGUGCUGCUCCUUUCUGAACCUCCAGAGGACGUUCUCGAAGAUUUUACAAUCCAUUUAAAAGUACAAACAGACUGAUCUGUACUGGUGGUUUCCGCCCACUUUCACCCUAAACUGCUGGCUUUCUGCAGCAGUCCCCACCUCGGAGGCUGGGGAGACGCUUGCUCUCCCGUCAUCACAGCUGUGCACCCAGGAGGGCAAGCUCUAGAUUACCCAGUGUUUAAAUUUGAAACUCAGGCCUACAUAGGAUACUUUUCCUUCUGAGAAGCAUGCACCACUUAGCAAGAAACUCCAACAGGCAAAUGUGUUUUCCAAGCUUUUAAAAAAAAUCAGCUUUAGAAUUUUGUGUGGUAACGUGCAAUGCAGCAAAACUACCUAGGAGUAAAUUAUUUAGUUAUUUAUUUCUAUUUCAGGGUUUUGUUUUUUAUGAUUUUUAUUGAUUUUUCCCUUCCGUAAUGAAUGAUGUGACCAACCAAGGAGAAUUCUUUGUUCUGUUACUGCGAUUAUAUUUUGCGUUUAGGAAUUAUACAAACUAAGGGAGCAUCUUUAAAUGUUUUUUAUUUAAAUGAUGUUUUCCAUUCAAAGAAUAAUUAUCUUCGGGAGAUGGUUGUGGUGUCUAUCACUUUCUAUAUUUGGCAACCUCACAUUGCCACACUCCACACGGAUGAGUGUCGAGAAUAAAAAGUUCAUUCGGUGGCCCACA